UCGGGUCGGUGUUUGAUGACAGUGUCAGUGUAAAAGUAUAAUCCUUUUUUGGUUGAUAUUUCAGCGUCAAACUUGAUCUUAUUAGCUAUUUGUUGAGCUUCCACGAUGUUACACAUCACAGAAUUUGUGCAACGGAAACUGAUGGAAACGUAAGCAGAUUACCUCAUGAUGGCAAGUCGUAGAGGUAAGGCCUCUGCGGCCAGAAAUGCACCAUUCGGAACGGACAUACAGCCAAAGAGAAACAUGAAAAUCGUUGGUGGGAAACAAAUAGAGAUAGCUGUUGACUCCCCUCCAACCAGUGCUAGUACAUUACGGAGCCUCCCCCCUCUGCAACAGGGACCCAAUGGCACCCCUCCGAUGGAGGUCCAACCUCCCUAUCAAGAAUAUCACAAUAAUAAUAUCAAAUUGGAAUACCCCGAAAAACAGAUUAAGAAAGAAAGGAUUAUCUAUUCACAGACAGCUCCAGCCGACAAAAGCAACUCACACAUCCAUGGCACAGGAGGGCGCCAUCAUAGUUUACCAGCAAUACACGCCAUCCUGCCUCCGAUUCCAAGUCCGAAUUCCCUGUCCCCAUCUCGGGAUUCCUGGAACAAGUCCCGUUCCCCAUCCCCAACCCUCGUCAAUCAGCCCGAAGUCAGCCUCACCGAUCAGCUGAGGGAGCUCUUCGUGGAGUACGACCCCUUCUGCUUCCAGGACAUAUACAAGGACCUGGCCGAGUACGAUCGCAAGUUAAGCGGUUUCGUCAGCCAGCCGCAGGUGAAUAUGAUAGCUAUGAAGCAUCAGCUGCCCAUACCAACCAACAUGUUGAGGUUGCUGUUCUCAAACUUCUGCAAGGAGGACAAUGUUGACAUGGUGAAUUAUGAGAAGUUGAUUCAGUACCUGGCUCGGGCUCAGCUGGGAACAGCCGAGGCGGAGACACUCCUUCAAAAAUCUGUUAACAGGUUUGUCAAUGCACCGGACAAUCCCCCUGCCGACGAGGUAGACCUUGAUGAUCAGAUUGACAAAUACGAGACGACUUCUAAGGACUCUAAUCAGCGUCGUCAGCAGAAACAGCAGCGAAGGGCAGCAGAGCAGAGAGCAACACCUCGUGACAUGAGACAAAUACAGUCGGAGAAAACCAGUCGUCAGACCGGUCAGAUGCAGAGUUUUGGCAUUGAAAAUGAGCCUCAAAUUAUUGCAAAGAGGCCGCAGAGAGUGUUUUCUGACAGGGAGGACGCUAAGCUGUUGAUGUUGUUAGAGCAGCAGUACAUACAAGGCAACCAGGAUCCUACUGACCUUCAAGCAAUGAAGAAAGACUUCAUGGAGAGAGAUACAAGAAGUAAUGGUACACUCACCAAGGAAAAGAUUCAGGAGGUGUGUUUCAAGCAUAGGAUUCCACUGCAGGGAUCUCUGAUGGAAAAACUCAUGCAAAGAUGUGAUACUGGGGAAAAUCAACACAGUUGGGUAGCUUUUUUAGAAUUUCUUGGUCGGGUCAAACCCCUUGCUCCUCAGGCUGCCACACUAAAUACUGACAUAGCUCGCCCCAGUACCUGGCCAAAGCAGGGAGGAGAUGGUGGCCAGAAGAUGAUUACUAAGUCAGGGUCUCCUAGCGUACCUCAGGAGCCUGCACCACCACCCUGGGAAACAAGGAAACCUCUUGGGAGACUUGGCAUAAAAUCUCCCACAACGGUUGAGAGAGAAAUCACCCUGUAUGACUCCCCAUCACCGCCGCCCCUGGACAGUGGCCCACCCCCGGCCCACAUCCGGGUUGAUCAUGGUAACUCUGAACAGGCUGAGCUUGCAGUCAUGGCUCAGGAGAAUCGACAGAAGAGGCAGCAGGCCAUGGCAGCCAAGAUCCCGGUCAAGGUUAAGGAGGACCAACCAUGGUUUGCCCGCUUCAAACAUCUCGCUAAGGGAUUGUAUAAUUUGGACAGUACUAAUACCGGCUAUCUGAGUAGAGAGGAGACAGUGGGUCUGGUCAAUAACUACAAUCUCAUCUACCGUCUGGAAUUACAACAGUCACAGAUUGAUAGAUGCGUAGCAAGCUGUUCUUAUGCCAAGGGGCAGGUCUCUAUUGAACAUUUAUUAGAAGCACUGAGGCUCUGUGUGCAGUAGGUAUUGAAUCACCGAGUGGAAUGAGAACGGCCGAGUUUGCAUCAGUAAGCUGUUGAACUUUCUGGGGGACAAAAGAACACCUUGUAUAAAAAUCCAGAAACUCAAGCACCAGCUGGCAUAAGAAUACUCAUGGAUGACCGACAGUUUUCCGACACGCAAGUAUUGCUCUUUUAUUAACCAAUGGAAUUCUACUAAAUUUUUCUGCAUUUAUGUCACUCUAUUAUCAAGAUGUGUUUAAUGCUCCCACAUAAUAUGACACUUGAAAAUGUUUAAUUCGUAAAUUUUAACUGUUUAAGUGAAAGAAUUAUCAAUCGAGCGAUACCACUUGGAAAACCUGCACACAUGUAGGGUUACAUCUGAGAUAUUCAGGCUAUGGAUAUUGUAGACUCGGGUGCCCUGUCUUUAUGCUUGCGGAUAAAGACAGGCAUCGGUCUUCACAGGCCAAAUUAUUUCAUUUGAUACAGUGAUCUCAUUGGAUAAACGUGCUGUGACCUAAGCUUUCCGUAUCUGUGUUAUGAUUGGUCCGAGGUGAUGUAGUGUCAGCUUGCACGUUCGAUCAUCUGCAUGCAGCAUAAGCGUGCAUAGUGUUGUGUACAUUAUUGUUUUAUUCACUACGUAAUACAGCGUAUGCAUGUAUUUGAAUUGACAGUGAAUCUCCGUGUGAAAUUAGUUUGAGGUCAAAGGUACGUUUGUAAGAAUCUAAAUACCCAGUCAAACUGGUAUCUAGCAUUUUACCAGGCUAGGCCUAUAUGGACAUUGCAGCUGUUUGGACAACAGAGGGCGCUACUCGUCAAGCAGUGUAUCUUCUGUCCAAAUAAAGGCUUCGAAGGAGCUGUAUGGACUGGUUAUUUGCACAGCAUUGGAAUUUCCACUGUUGGAGACAUUUGAAGUCUGAAGUUCAGCUUUGCCAAUAUUGCAUUUGCAUGCAUAUGAGCAAGAUAGUUCACUUGAUUUGCUUCCCUUCACCCAAGAGUAAAGAAGAAAUUUGAGAUGGCAUGAACACUUUCUGUGCUUACAGUAACCUUCUGAUAUAGACCUACAGAAAAUAAUGGCAACUUGGCAACACAUUUCCAGCCCAAAGAAAGUUAAGGAAAUGACUGGCACAGUGACAGGAAAGAACAACAUUCAAUGCCAGGACCACCUUGGUUGUGUCACUUAAUUAUGAAACGUUAUUUGAUAGUUCUACUGUAUGUUUUAUUUUAAAUGAAGUUACUUUUUGUUACUUUAUAAAACUUCAACAUCCUCAAAUCCCAAUGAUUGGCAUGAGGCCUCUUGUACUCCCUAAACAUUUUCAAGCAGUUUUUGUUGUUGUUGCUGCUGCUGCUGUUGUUUU